AUGUUUCCAAGCGUGAAGCGAGCUUCGUUAAGCCAGGCUCUUGAAAAUGCCAUUGAUCGAGACGAUGCAUCAGCUGUCCGGGACCUCUGCGCUGAGAUGUCAGUGUAUCCGACUAAUGAGACUGGGUUCCUCUUCAGAGCGGUCAAGCAGAAAAGCUUUGGUGCGGCCUUGGUAUUGUUGGAGCUUUUGGGAUCGGACCAAAUUCACCAUAAGGCGAAAAAUGAGCGGACAGUACUGCACGAGGCAGUGGAGACCACCCAUGUGGACUUACUAAAGAAGAUUCUCAGCACAGAUGUCGACGUCGACGCAGAGGAUUCUCGGGGGCGAACUCCGCUCCUGAUAGCCCUAGAACAUGGAAAUUUUGACGCUGUGAGAUUACUAUGGAGCCCUUCUGAUAAGAAGUGGACCGGUCAUUGGGAGGAGGCGGCAUGGAGGAAGGGAUUCGUAGAGGCCUCUUCUGGUGGGCACGACGAUAUCGUGCAAGGGAUAUUGAGCACCACCAGCACCCUUGUGGGGCACUUGGCAAGCAGGCCCCCCAACCUCUCGGCGACGAUCUCUCGAGCGUUGAGCAGAGCUGCUUCAAACAAUCAUGAAACAACUGUCAAGACAAUCCUGCACAUGGGACGCGCGAUGGAUCUCGAAAAGAAUUACUCAAAACGCCUCAAGGAAGCAUCACGCAAUGGUAUGGAGGGGAUCAAGCAGCUUGAACAACCAGAGGUGAAUGGGAAAGGGAAGACCAAGGGGAAUGCCCUUGCAGAUGCUGCUCGAAGGAAUGACAGUGCAACGGUAUUGCGACUUCUAGAAAAAGGUGCGGACAUAAAUUACGGCUCCGGAAUAGCAUACAAUGCUUUAGGCGCUGCUGCUAGAUAUGGAGAACUGUCAAUGAUACACCUCUUACUGGAUAAUGGUGCCGAUGUCAAUGCUCCAGGUGGUUAUUACGGCAAUGCACUGCAGAUAGCAUCAUCAGCAGGUCAUGAUCAAGUUGUGCAAGUAUUACUAGACAGAGGGGCUGAUAUCAAGUUUGAUGGUAAAAAUAACAACGCGUUAGGCAUAGCGUCAUCAAAAGGUUAUGAUCAAGUGGUACAGAUACUGCUAGAUAAGGGUGCGGAUGUCAACGCUCAAGGUGGCAUCCCUGGCAAGGCGCUGCAGAUAGCAUCAUCAUAA